CGGUUUACCAAACUAAAUCGUACCCCUCUCCUCUUCCCUCUGCCAACAGUCAACUGUGAAUAUUGGUCGCGCCGCCAAAAGUUGAGAUUUCAUCUGUUUUCGAAAUCUCCCUUUUUUCAGUUUCCUCUGUAAGCUAGGCGGUGAUCUCGCUUCACUCUCAGAGGAUACUGGAAGGUGGAAUCCGAAAUGGCUGAUAUAAUAAGACAACCUCUCGAGCAGAUACACGGGUUUUCAAGAAGAUGUUUGUUCCGGGUCAUAUCUAUGGGUUCUUUACCCAUUCACAUGGCCUUUAUCAUGGAUGGAAACCGUAGGUAUGCGAAGAAGCGCGGUUUAGAAGACGGGUCUGGUCACAAAGCCGGUUUCUCUGCGCUUAUGUCGAUGCUACAGUACUGUUACGAGCUAGGUAUCAAGUAUGUAACUAUAUACGCAUUUAGCAUAGAUAAUUUUAGAAGAAAACCUGAGGAGGUUCAGUCUCUAAUGGAUUUGAUGCUGGAGAAGAUCAAGUCUUUACUUGAUAAAGAGAGUAUAGUGCAUGGAUACGGGAUACGUGUGUAUUUCAUCGGUAACUUGGCGCUUUUAAGUGACCAAGUGAGGGCUGCUGCAGAAGAAGUCAUGGAGGCCACUGCUAAGAAUAAUCGUGUAGUGCUUCUUGUCUGCGUUGCAUAUAACUCGACAGAUGAGAUCGUACAAGCUGUCAAGAAAUCUUGUGUUAACAAGCUAGUUAAACACUCUGAGGGUAGAGAUAGGGACAUAGAGAGAAUACAGUUGGUGGAUAUUGAGGAGAAUAUGCAGAUGAGCGUGGCGCCGGAUCCUGAUAUACUGAUCCGGAGUUCAGGAGAGACGAGGCUGAGCAACUUUCUUUUAUGGCAAACAGGUAACUCUCAGCUUUUCUCUCCUGAUGCUCUGUGGCCUGAGAUUGGCCGUAGGCAUUUGGUCUGGGCUAUAUUGAACUUCCAGAGAAGUCAUUCAUACUUGGAGAAGAAGAAGAAACAGUUGUGAUUGUCUUCAUCUUUUCUUCUGGCCUUUUUUUCUUUUUGUGAUGUGUUGUUUAUGUGGGAUACUGUCAAAAGGAAACUUGGGAUUGCAUAGAAAUGGCAUUGUAAUUAUUCACACGGUAAAUACUCGUUUGGGAGUUUUCUAUUGAACUAGAAAGUCCAUCCUAUACAAAUCCAGUCUUGUAAAUACACAAGCACAAAGUCAUUACUAUAUACUUCAUUCA